UGGACAAUAACAAGCGGGGGUUCAUUAUUCAUACUGGAUCACUGGCCUCAAAUGCCGCAGCAGCAGCUAUGCAUGCGCGCGAGCUCUAUACCAAGAUUGAACAUUGCCGCCAUCUUCACCAUCUUCUCCAACUACUCCCACGUUGUUCCCAACCCUAAUUCAUACAACAUCCUCAUCUCCAACCUCUCCAAAUCCAACCAACCUCACCAAUCCUUAAACCUCUUCCGCACCAUGCUCUCUUCCGGCGUCUCCGCCGACGCGUUCACUCUCCCCGCCGUCCUCCGCUCUUGCGCCGCCCUUCGUCUUUCCUCCCUUGGCCCAACCGUGCACUGCCUCUCUGUCAAAUCCGGUUUGUAUUCCAAUCUCUUCGUCGCCUCCGCUUUGGUCAUUUUCUAUGUCCGUUUGGGCCGGCUCCUGAGUGCAAGGUAUGUGUUUGAUGAAAUGCCUGAGAGGGAUGCUGUGCUUUGGACGGCGAUGCUUUCCGGGUACGCGCAGAGUGGGGAGCCGGAGUCGGCGUUGGGGGUUCUCAGAGAGAUGGUGAGUGAAAGGAUUGAGCUUGAUGGUGUGGUCAUGGUGAGCUUGCUGUUGUCUUGUGGGCAGCUGGGGUGGCUAAGGCAUGGGAAGAGUGUGCAUGGGUUUAGUGUAAGGAGGUGCUUUGGAUUGGUGCUAAGCUUGGGGAAUGCUCUCAUUGAUUUGUAUGUGAAAUGUGGGGAUUUCAGCUAUGCAGAGAAGGUGUUUGAUGGAAUGUCUGAAAGAGAUGUGAUUUCAUGGACUGCUUUGAUUCUCGGUCAUGGAUUGAAUGGGCGUGCAAAUGUUGCUUUUAAGAUGUUUGAUGAAAUGCGCAAGGAGAGGAUAGAACCGAACAUGGUCACAUUUCUUGGGGUUUUGUCUGCGUGCGCUCAUGCUGGCAUGGUUGAGAAGGCUUGGGGUUAUUUCAGCAUGAUGAAUGAGUUUGGUGUUGCGUGUGAGCUGAAGCAUUAUGCUUGUUUGAUUGAUGCAAUGGCAAGGGCUGGGCAGCUGGAAGAGGCUGAGAGGUUGGCAGAGGAGAUGCCUGUCAAGCCAGACAGGGCAGUGUUUGGCGCAAUAUUGGCCGGCUGUCGAGUUCAUGGUAAUUCCAAAGUGGCACAAAGAGUUUCGAAGAAGUUGCUCAAAAUGCAUCCAGAUAAGAGUGGGUACUAUAUGAGCAUUGCAAACAUAUAUGCAGAUUUAGGGAGGCCUAAUGAUGCAGAGAAGAUAAGAGAUUUUAUGCUGGAAAUGAAUGUCGACAAACUCCCUGGUUUAAGUUCAAUUGUAUAAGAUCAAAUUGAUUAUCAA